AGGAUACCAAGUGUGGACAGACUAAUAUCGCUAGAUGAAUCUAAUGCUACAGUGGCUAGAGCUGAGAUGAAAAAUCUGAUUAAAGGACAGAUAUCAGCCAAAUAUCAACUGAAUUAUGCGAAAAUGUUCUCUGAAUAA